AACAUUCACUGACCGAUUCACUGAAUUCAGACUGUAGCUACAGUCGUAACUAAAGUAUAAGUUGCGGAAUAAAUUUUUGCGCGAUUUGUAUUUUUUAAACUAAGUUUAACAUAAUAAUACUCUAACAAUACGUCAUUUACUAUAUAUUGACUAUUUCAUUCAUUCCUUUCAGCCAUAUCUAUAUAAUACUCGUAUAUUUAUUGUAAAAUAUUUACUGCAAAGAAAAAAUAUGGCAUCCGAGAAUAAUACUGGUGAUACCGCUUAUACCAAAUUUUAUACGCGGGAAGAAGUUGCUAAACAUAACGAUAGUAAAGAUCUGUGGUUUAUUAUUCACAAUAAAGUUUACAAUGUGACUCAAUUUAUAAGUCAUCCUGGUGGAGAAGAAGUUCUUUUGGAACAGGGUGGUCAAGAUUGUACAGAAGCUUUUGAAGACAUUGGUCAUUCAAGUGAUGCAAGAGAAUUAAUGGAGAUAUUUAAAAUUGGCGAAUUAGUAGAAGAAGAGAGAACACAAGGCAAUAGUGAAUUAACUGAUGUGUCUGACGUAGAUAAUUCUAGUUGCAGUGGUUCUUGGAGAUCGUGGCUGAUUCCAAUUGCUCUUGGGGUACUGGCGACUCUUGUCUACCGUUAUUUUAUUAAGGCACAUUGAAUUGUUCCCAAUAUUUGUUUUUUUUUUUUAAUUUGUAAUAUAUAAACAAUUGUUCGAAAUAAUUAAUCAAAGAAUAUUACAUAUAUUGCACAUAAUCACAGUUUUGUUUUAUGAUAUGAAAUUGCACACAUGAGCUGGCCUAGUAUAAAAACAUUUACAAAACAAAAAUUCAUUUGUUAUAUUUUCUGGAAUAUAUAAUCAUAAGUGUGCGUGUUUCAUACAUAUGUAAUAAUGUGAAUAUAUUAACUGUAAGUACAAAAAUAAAUUAAUUUUA